UGACGUAGUCCAUGGGAAAAUAUCCGCUACAGCGCCGAGCGCUAAAAACACAGAUACAAAACAAGCCACAAACAGCAGUUUCGGUCAAAAUGAAAGUGGAGUUUCGAUAGAGAAAACAGUCGGCUCUGGUCGACCUGCCCUGUUUGACAAGUCCGCACAGAGGCCCAGCAGCAGCUCCAGGAAGCAGACACACAUCUCACUGCCUGACUGACUAGUGAAGAAUUCAGCAAGAAUUCAAGGGCGAAAAAAAUCAAGAUCGAAAUCAGCUCGACAGGAGCAGCGAUAGCUUAAGUGAUGGCGGAGUUGCUGCGUCUGCUGCUCAGCGUGUCCGAAAAGGCUGCCAAUGUGGCUCGAGUGUGCAGGCAGGAGGCGGCACUCUUUGAGCUGCUGGUACAGGAGAAAACAGGGGUUGAUAAGAACAAGAAGUUUGUCCAGGACUUCAAGACACUUGCUGAUGUGGUGAUACAAGAAAUGAUUCGACAUGAUGUUUGCACACAGUUUCCAGAGUUGACUGGCUUCAUUCAUGGAGAGGAAUCAAACAAGUUUGAGAAUGGACUUGGAGAGAGUGUGACCAUUACAGUUUGUGCCAAGGAAGAGGACACAUGUGACUUGUUGGCCAAGGUGCUGGACGGUGACCAAACAGCUGCAGUCCUCCUGACCAAAGCUAUCCACCAGAACCUGCAGAUUAGAGAUGAAGCGGCAGAAUCCUUGCAGCUCGCUCUCAGCCCAGCAGAUGUGGGCAUCUGGAUUGAUCCCAUUGAUGCCACCAGUCAGUACAUUGAAGGGAAAGAACAGGAGGUGUCAGAUGGGAGAUUUUGCCCUUCAGGACUUCCAUGUGCAUUGGUUCUGAUUGGGGUCUACUUACGGGACACUGGAGAACCAGUAAUGGGCGUCAUUAAUCAACCAUUUAGCCACAAAGACUCAACAGGCAAGGGGUGGAAGGGGCAGCACUUCUGGGGAGUGUCAUAUGGAGAAGUCAAUAGAUGCUCCUUCACAUAUCCCAAGCAAUCUCUUAAGAAGAAAAACGACUCCCUCUCAGUGGUCCUGAGCUCCAGUGAGCGCCGGGAAGUAAAGGAUGCUUUAGCGCCGCUUUGCAAUGGCUGUUUGAAGUAUGCUUCUGGAGCUGGAUACAAGAUCCUGUGCGUCAUCCAAGGCCUUGUGGAUGUGUAUGUGCUUUCAGAAGGAAGCACCUUCAAGUGGGACUCGUGUGCCCCCCAUGCCCUGCUCCGGGCACUUGGGGGAGGAGUUUCCGACCUUGGGGAGUGUCUCUCAGCCGUCAGCAAUGGAAACAAGGGCUUUAAAGCCGAACUGACCUACCAUCAGCCCCAGGCAGGGUGCCAGGGAGUAGACAGGUGGGCAAACCGUGGCGGAAUAGUGGCCUAUUUGGACUCUGCAGUUAUUGACAGGGUUGUGGGUGCACUUGUUGGGAAAAUUUGAAUUUAUUUUUUAUUAUGUUGUCAGAUGUUUAUCUUUGGAGCAGGUUUUAUUCUUUUGUUAACAGUUAUAUGUAUUUCCAUUGUUGCUAUUCUAUAUUGUCAUAGAUCUUCAUGGCGUUAUAAACUAUUAUAUGUAUCGAGAGACUCAGUGAUGUAAAAUCCUUUUAAAUCUAGGAAAACAAGACAAAUCCUGAUAGGGACCUUUAUAAUUCUUUUAUUUGCAUAACCUACAUAACCUCUUCUGUUGCAUACAUUUAUAUUACCUGUUUUCUCAAACUAGCAAAUGUUGGAGCUGCCAGUGAACAAACAGGCAGUCAGAAUGCAAUAUUAUAUUUUGUUAUGUCGAUUAUGUUUUAAGAUGCAAAAUGUAAUGCAAUUUUUAAAAAGUAAUAUUAAAGACAUAUAAUACUGUGUAAUCUUUAGGCAAAAGAGCAUAAAGUUUGUGAAAAUACCAUUGAGUUGACAUGUUCUACUCCAAGUUGUCAGUGUCGAAACAAACUAGAAUGUACCUCCAAAAUGCUGACUUUACACAUUGUUUGGACAAAUUUUAUUGGGCUAUUCAUCAUGAAAGUUUCACGCAAUGUAAAGGAAAGAUGGCACUUUCAAAUCAUGUAUGGGGGAAGCGGGUUUGGUUUGUAUAGGAGAACACCUAGAUGUAUACAUUUAUUACUCAAAUAACUUUGUAUUAAUUUAAUGAACUUGGCAUCAGAUAGCUUUUAUGAUUCACCAUUUAAUUGAGCAGUAAAAGCACUGUUCAACUCACCCAUGCAGGUGUUGAGGUCUUCACAGCUCACGGCUCAAACUUCACUUCUUCAGCAGACGCUUCUUGAUUGUGAUCUAAAGUCUGGCUGGCAGCUCGCCACUUGUUGAGAACUCCCAAAUUAUUGAAGUCAUUGAGAAUAAACUAGAGUCGCGCACUUGCGCGAAGUCGGGUUUAGUAAAAGACAUCGUCAUACAGAGAUGUCAAUGGAUCACCAUUUCUUCUUUCUCUUUUCAUAAAGCAGGAGUUCACACAUUACAGAGAGUGUUAUCACCCUCAGCCAGCCCAGACUGUCUUCCCCCGAUAAACAUCAAGGUUACAUACCAGUGAUGGAGGCAUAGAAAAGUACAUAACAUUCCUAACCUGAAAGACUCGGGCCCUUAGAGACAUUACAACUAUGCUGAUAGACAGAAUAAGCAUAAAAAAGCCCUAAAAAUGAAUCAUUUUCCAGCAAAGGUCAAGGCUGAAAAACCGACCCUUUUAAUAUCAGAAAAUAUUGGUUGGAAUUGGUUGUUCCAAACAGCCCCAGCUUGUAAUUGGUUGGCACAGUGUUAAAAGGCUAACAUUUCAAAGAAUGAAGCAGCAAAUAAAAAUGAUCAGAGAUUAAAUGGCAACCAAAUAAGAUUUUUGAUUCAGUUAGGUGUUCGGAAUGUUUAAUUUAUUUUAUUAGUGUACAAUGCACAGCUGUACUGUGUGAAAGAAGAAACAGCUUUCAUAAAAUAUUACUCAAGCAAAAAGUUGUAUUUGAAAAUGAUUUUCUAAGUGAAAAUACAAGCUCAUCCUCCACAGAGAACACACACAAGCACAUUUUAAUACACAAUUACUGUUGGCUGAAUUUAACAUAUUGGAAAAUCGGAAAACAUGGUCUGUGCAACAGUUGUUUUUGUUUUCAUUAUGUUAUAUUCAGCAAACAACUAGAAACCUUACACUAGAAAUUGCUACGUUUUGGUUAUUUUCAAUUAGAACGUCAAUAAAAACAUAUCAUUUGGCCAGGAGUGUUGUCCUACAGCUUAGAAGCAAGAGCAACUUGUUAAUAAAAUUACAUUUAUAUCAACACAGCAUUCUAGUUGUGUUAGUGUGCUUUAUAGUAUGUGUGUGGUCUAUAAUAUAAAAUAGCCAUAGUCAGGCCAGGCUGAAACAUGUGCCAACCAACCCCACCCACAUUAGGACACAACUCUGCUUGCUUCAUGUUAGCCAGCUGGCGUUACUUAUCCUUCGCUUUAAAAUCAAAUACAGCUGAUUGCUAUUUCUUGUAUUUUUUUAAAUUGCCUUUUUUUUUUUUUUUUUUUUUUACCCUAUUUCCCCUCAAUUUAGUCGUCUCCAAUUACACCUGCUACUUAGGACUCCCCGACUCACAAAAUACUACCAAUGCUAGGAGGGUGAAGGCCAGCAUCUUCCUCCGAUACUGCAUCUUUUCGAGCCAUCCUACCCACUCAGAGAGAGCAAGGCCAAUUGUGCUCUCUUGGACUCCCGGCUCCAGAUGGCUGUAGCAUCACCAGGGAUCGAACUCGCGAUCUGAUGAUGGGGCCAGUGCUUAGAGGGUUGUGCCACUCGGGAACCCCCUAAAUUGUCUUUAAAAAAUGUAAUUUGAUGUGCUUACUCAGGGAGAUUUUUUUAUACACACAUUAACACACGGUUGCAUUCAGAGCUCCUGAUAAACUGGAUCCCCUCCCUCUGCAAGUUGACGUUGUGCCAGCCAACCCUGUUGUUUCCCAGAGUCCAGUGGUGGUGUACUUUACACCUCUCAAAUAGUGAUCUUAAGCUCUGUGGUGUGUCGCUUCAUGGCUGAGCUGUUGUUGCACCUAUUCUGCAAUAAUAGCAGUUACAGUUGUCUGGGGCAGACUCUAGGAGUGGUGUACACACACACACACAUACAUACAUAUGUAUGUGUUUUCUGGAACUUGUUCUGGAUUUAUCAAAAGGGAAAAUAUCUAUUUGAGACCCUUAUUUCCAUAUUCCUCCAUUUCCUAAACUGUGAAUGUCACAGAGCUGUGGUUUCACUGCGUCCUUUUCGUAGGGUUAUACUCUGCUGGAGAAUCAGUGUUGUGGAAACAGCAGGGUACAUCUGCACUUCUGGUAAUGCCUUUUUAUGGCCAAAGACCUCUCAAAGAUUUCAUCUCCACUCAGCUGAAGAAACAUUAAGAAGUGUUGCCAAAGCCACAUGACCAGAAUAAGAGAUUAGAAGGCCAUAAAGAGCCUUUGCUCUUUAGUUGAUUUACUGUAAAUACUAGAUUAGUCUGUAAUACUGGAUGAAAGGAUGCUUGCAAUAUCAAACUGGCAAACACGUAAGAUUACUGUUACAGUACUUUCUUCACUAUUUGGAGUUCAUGAGGUGAAAUCUAUUCUGCCUGUGUCCACAUUUUACACGAUCUUGCAGCUUAUUAGUUUUAAACACAGUAGGACUAAACCAUUAGAGCAUGUUCAUGUAAGGAGUAUAUAUUAUAUACUAUAUAACUCAGCUGUAGAGCUAGAAUGAAAACCAUAUUUUAGUUGGAGGCUGUCUAACCUUUAGCAUAUAAUGAAAAUGGUUGGUGCUACUGUUGAAAAGUUUGGAAUCACUUACAGUAAUAAGUGUUCACAAAUAAUUUUAUUCAAUAAUUCUACGUUCAGGCUAGACUAAAAUAUAAACAAACAUCUUAGAUGUUGUGUUCAGUAUUUUCAUACGUAGCAGGUUAUUUGAACUGUUCUGUGUACUGUAAUUAUUUCUUGUUGUGUCAGUCAUCUGCCUUUAUUCACUACUUUUGAAAUAGGAAGAAUUCUGGAUAUUACUUUCAUUAUAGCUUUAUUUCUUUCUUAAUCAUUUGAUCAUUAGAAUCACUUUAGACUUUAGACUAGAUUUUGAUUUUAAAACAGUGAUGCCAAACAUUUAAACAGUAUGUAAUCCUGAUCACAAGAAAUUUGCAUAGUGGGCUGUACUUCAAAUAUACUUAAGUGCUAAUUCUGAUCUGUGAACUUUUGUAGUUCAAAGUUUGGAAUGCAGCAGGAAAACUGAAAUAAAUUAUCGCAUCAUGA